UAUCGUUCGGCUCUCACCAUGUGCGCACGUAGCGGUGCAGUGUGCGCAUAUGUCGCAUUGCUUUACAUUCUAGCAGUGAAUGGAUGUCCUGAUAACAGGAUAAUCCGUUAUUAUAAAGAGCUUGGCUGUUCACCCGUACCAGUUAAUAGCCAUUGUCCUACCAGCUUUGAUUGUGGUGAAUGGGAUAAACAAGACAUUGAAAAUUGUUGGCUGAAAGGUAAACAGUACAACAUUGGAGAGGAUGUUAGACCACUGGAUGAACCAUGUGUUCAUGAAUGUUCUUGUAGAAUUGAUGGAAAAAGCAAACAAUGGCACUGAGCUGAUACGGUGUCACUAUGAGGGGAAGGAUUACUAUGAAGGUCAACUUCUGUACAAUUCUAGUGAGCCUUGCAAAACAUGCAUUUGUGACAGUGAAUUUAAUACUAAACCACGAUGUCGUGAAGUCAGUUGUGGCCUUGAGCUUCAUUGGGCAAUUGAGUUACAGAAGGGAUGUGCACCAAUAUUCUAUGGAAGUCAAACAUGCUGUCCUAUAGAAUGGCGUUGUCCUCGUUAUGGAGACAGAGUAAUUCACAGGAAAACAAAGAAGCCCUCAGCAUCUGUCAAUUCUACAGGAACAGUGUGUCACUUUGGUGGUAUUCAGCUUCAAGUAGGUGAAAUUUUGGUGGGUCGUGGUGAAAAACGUGGCUCAUGUCAACAGUGUAGCUGCCAGCUACCACCACAUGUCACAUGCAUUCAAAAGAGCAACUGCAAAAGCAGUCCAUGGAGCUCCACAAAGACUCUUGAUAAUUGAGAGUGUGUGGUGUGUUCACUGGUGCCGUGUGGGGAAGGACAAUCAGCCUUACUGUGCUCCAAAACUGCUAUCUAGACUGCUGAAUAUGCUGCUAGACAGCUGAAUAUUUCAGACUGCUGUGGGUUUUGGUAACUUCAGUACAAUCUAAACUAUUAAUAAGUGAAAGGUGAUUUUCAUUCAGUUAAUAAGUUGUGUAUUCAAGGAGACUUCUAAUUAUUUUGACUGGCAAAUAUCACAGUAUUUGUAAAAGCAUUAAAAGUAAUUUGUUUAGCCACAUACUCUAUCAUUAUUAUGUCCAAUCUAGACACUUUUAUUCAGGAAAAAGUCCUGAUUUGACAACAUUUCUUGUUUAUAGAGCAUAGUUUUCAUAUUGUUCAGUGAUUUCAACAUUUAAUAGUUUGUAUUCACCUUGAAGCGAGAAAAUAAGAAAUUACAAUAUGAAUUUUAAUUUACAUGCAAAAGUUAUUCCAUGACUGCAUUGUUAGAGAUUUUUGUAUUGUUGUGUUCAUACAGUUACAGCAAACAGCCACA